AGGAAAAUUAAGUGCCUUUCCACUCCUUUGAGACAGACACACACUUCAUGACGAGGAGGAGAGGGAAGGAGGUUCCCCUUCGGGCACAUGGAAAGAAGAAGGGGAGGAGGGGGCUCGAAGCGGGCUAAAGUGGCCCGUGUGGACGCGUCUCCCGUUCUCCUUCCCAGCCUCAAGGGAGGGAAACCCCUCCGAGCCUAAUUUGGCACCUUCAGAGGAAGAAGAGGAGGAGGAGGAGGAAGAGGGCAAAAGGAGGAGGAAGAGGAGGAGAAGCCACGCCACCUCCUCCUCCUCCCCCCGUGAUUUGUGGCGCCUGCUGCUGAGGCGAAAAGGGGGAGGACGGCAAACACAAAACCCUGGCCAGCAUUUAAAGAAACCAAACUCAGAAAGAGAGAGAGAGAGAGAGGCUUGAAGCUCUGCCUCUCAACCAGAGCCUCCUCCUCCUCCUCCUCCUCCUCCUCUUUCUCCUUUGCGCCUCCAACACAAAACAAUGACGGCGGCGGGUCGGGGCGCCUUCUCCUCCUCCUCCUCCUCCUCCUCCUCUUCUUCUUUCUCCUCGUCUGCAUCAUGGCCAACGGAGGGGCGGCGGCGGUGAUGCUGAAAUGCGUGGUGGUGGGCGACGGGGCGGUGGGCAAGACCUGCCUCCUCAUGAGCUACGCCAACGACGCCUUCCCCGAGGAGUACGUGCCCACCGUCUUCGACCAUUACGCAGUCAGUGUCACAGUUGGAGGCAAGCAAUAUCUCCUUGGGCUAUAUGACACUGCAGGACAGGAAGACUAUGAUCGCCUGAGGCCCUUGUCAUACCCCAUGACCGAUGUCUUCCUCAUUUGCUUCUCUGUGGUCAAUCCGGCUUCUUUUCAGAAUGUGAAGGAGGAAUGGGUACCAGAACUAAAGGAAUAUGCACCAAAUGUACCGUAUUUGUUAGUUGGAACCCAGAUUGAUCUUCGUGAUGACCCCAAAACUUUAGCAAGAUUGAACGAUAUGAAGGAAAAGCCAAUAUGUAUGGAGCAGGGACAGAAGCUAGCAAAAGAGAUAGGCGCCUACUGCUACGUGGAGUGCUCAGCUUUAACACAGAAAGGACUGAAGACUGUUUUUGAUGAAGCUAUUAUAGCCAUUUUAACUCCAAAGAAACACAUGGUGAAAAAAAGAAUAGGCUCAAGAUGCAUUAAUUGCUGCCUGAUCACGUGAAACCGCAAUGGGCCACGGAUACUGUGAAACUCCUGGAACCAUCCAAAUACACACUUAAAACAACAACAACAUCCUA